UCUGGAUGAGUGCACAAAUUGCAUGAUCGGGGUGCUAGACACUCGUAACACUCUCUGGGGAUUUAUAUUGUGGUGGAGUGCGCAGGGGAUGAGGAUUUCCCAACUCUGAGAUUUAUCGUUUCUGACGAGGAUCGUGAUCGGGUUUGCGGGAGCUAGGAGAGGGUGGUAAUCGGGUGUUUCGUUUUUUGAGUGUGGGAUUUGGUGGAGCGACAGGAUGGAGUUCAAUCAGUUGGUUUCGGUCGCUGCGGUGGUGGUUGUCCUCGGGGCGUCGCUUGUAUUUCUGAGGUUGUUUACGAAGAAGAAGCUGAACCUGCCGCCCAGUCCGAAAGGGAGGAUGCCUAUAAUUGGUCAUCUGCAUCUGAUGGACGACAACGAGGCCGCGCACCGGACGUUUGCGAGGAUUAGCGAGCAGAAUGGUCCUCUGACGAUGAUUUACAUGGGUAAUAAGCCCACACUUCUGGUCAGCACCGCGGCGAUGGCCGAGCAGGUGCUCAAGCACAACGACCAGGCCUUCGCGUCUCGCCCCUUCAUCACCGCUGGGAAGACUCUGGGCUUCGACUUCAAGAGCAUCGUCUUCGCCCCCUUCGGAAACUACUACAGGCGCCUCCGUCGUAUCUACACCGUAGAGCUGCUUUCUCCCAAGCGUGUGGCUCUCUCUCAGGUACUGAGGCAGCAUGAGAUAAAGCACGUGAUAAACAGCGUGCUAGCCGAAAACCAAGCCGAAGGACGUGUGAACAUGACCUCUAUUUUACAAGAGAUGGGCAUUGAUAAUUUAGUAAGGAUGAUAUUCGCAAAGCCACACAUGGGCGCCACGGAGUGUCUCACCAAGGAGGAGAUGGCAACAUUGAAAAGUGUGGUGAAAGAGGCUGUUAACUUAGCCGGCGUCAUCUACGUGGGCGACUUCAUCCCCUUGCUUGACAUUUACGACUUCACGGGCUACAAGAAGAAAACCAACAAGCUAGCGGCAAAGAUGCUCGACAUCGCAACCCAGUUGAUUGAGAAGCACAAAUCUGACGCAGGAACUGGCGUUGAUAACGAUAAACUAAACCUGGUAGACAUUCUAUUAUCUCAGAAAGGAGAAGAUCAAUUGCCUCCCCAUGCGAUGGCUGGCAUUCUCUUUGAUUUCAUCAUCGCCGGCAGCGACACAACCUCCGUUUCCAUCGAGUGGGCAAUCGCGGAGCUUCUGCACUACCCUCACUACUUGAAACGAGCUCAGGAGGAGAUCGACCAAGUUGUGGGCAAAGAGAGGCUCGUCACCGAACAGGAUAUCAAGCACAUGCCCUUCCUUCAAGCCGUGGUGAAGGAGCUCUUCCGGCUCCACCCUGCGGCGCCAUUGGGCAUUCCCCAUUGCAACAUGGAAGAAACGAAGCUUGCAGGCUAUGACAUCCCCGCCAAGACCACGGUGAUGAUGAACCUUUGGGCCAUUGGCCGAGAUCCUGCGCACUGGGAUGACGCUCUAGAAUUCAAGCCAGAAAGGUUCCUCAACAAAGACAUUACAUUAAUGGGGCGUGAUUUCCACUUAAUCCCGUUCUCAGUUGGACGGCGGCAGUGCCCGGGUGCCGGCCUUGGCCUGGCAGUGGUCCAGCUUGCAGUCGCAAGUCUUCUUCAUGGAUUCGAAUGGAGCACGUACAACCAGAAGCCGGAAGAGAUCGACAUGCGGGAGAAGCCUGGGCUCGUGACUCCUCGAAAGUCCGAUCUAAUAGUUACUGCCGUUCCGCGCUUGCCCCUCCAUGUCUACCAAGGAGACAAGAAUGGCGUUCAAAACGGCCACUAAUCUAGUCUAGAUAGCAUUCCAAACAAGCUUCGUCAGAUGUAGCUUUGGUGCUGCCACCUACUGCAAGUGCUCAUCUUAAUUUUAAGGUCAUCUCCGUCCUAAGCCGAUUCUUUGUCAAAUUUUGGUACCGUCCCAUUCAGGAAAUCAUGUUACAUUUUAGAGGGACUGGCAGUUGGGGGUACGUAGAGAUAAGCGUUACCGAUAGGGACCGAACAUUUUACAGGCCACCAAACUCGGCGAGUCUUAGGUGUGCAUCAUGUUCAGAAGUCUCGAGUUGGAAUCAUAGCUUAAAUUUUCGUAGAAUGGUGACUGAAUUAUUUGCUGCUGGACCAGAACUGUAUAGAAAGUCUUUAAAGAAUUAGUAUAUUCUCACGACUUUCGUCCCCUGUGUUCGAACUUGGGUAUAUGGAGUGUUCUAAGUUGGAGUGCAAAGUUCUCUCCAUCUGAGAAGACACAGUGUGAACGGGGGUUGUCCGGUCGGAAUAUUCAGUGGCUAUCUUUUGAGCAUAUUCUCUUUUUGUUGUUAAGUGUUAUAAAGAGCAUUCCGAGCUGCAAA